ACGGGCCCCGGUCAUCACACAGACUCUGCGCAUGCGCAUUCAGUCAGCAACAGAUUCACGCGGGGGAGUUUAUUCGGUUUACCGUAAAGUAUGAUCAAUAAACCGUUAAAUACGACAGUUUUUAGGGUCUUUAUAUGAACAGUCUGAGGGUCUGACACCGGGACAGAUCCGGUGAGUCUCCGGGGAGCUCGGUUAGUCCUGAGAUAGUGUUAACUGUUGUCACAGUAAGUUAGCUGCUAGCUGUUAGCCGCUAACACAAACACUGCGGUCAGGGGCUCACUGUUACCUGUGUCUUUAUAAUAUAUACCUUCAGCUCCACCUGUGACAAGCAGAGCUCAGACUGAGGAAGAGGAGGAGGAAGAUGUCGCUGGUGUCAGAUCUGGAGGGUCUCUCUCUCUCUCUGGACGACUGUCGCUGCCCCGUCUGUCUGGAGAUCUUCAUGGAGCCGGUGACCCUGCCCUGCUCACACACCUUCUGCAAGGUGUGCUUCCUGGAGUCCGUGGAUAAGGCCACGCUCUGCUGUCCUCUCUGCAGGAAGAGAGUCUCCUCGUGGGCGAGGCUGCACAGCAGGAAGAACUCCAUGGUGGAUCAGAAGCUGUGGAGCAGGAUCCAGAGCAGCUUCCCCCGUCAGUGUGAGAGACGAAUCAGAGGAGAGGAGGAGGAGCCGGGAGUGUUUUUUCCCAGAGUGUGUCUGCCUGGAGAGCUGAAGCAGGAGUACGAGGAUCAGGUCUCCAGAUUGACUGAGGAGAAGCGGGUGCUGGAGGAGGAGGAGAGCAGGCAGAGUGAGGAGUUGAUCAGGCGUCUCCUGCAGGAGGAACAGCUGGAGCUGCAGGAGGAGAGGAAGAGGAGGGAGGAAGACGAGAGGCUGGCUCUGCUGCUCAGCUCUCAGCUGAACGCUACUCCUGCAGCCAAGAAGAAGAAGAAGGAGGUCAGCGGGGGACAGAUGGAGAGGUUCUUGUGUCCUCUCCCUGCUCACAGCAGCUCAUCAGACGGCAGCUUCAUGUCCAACAAGGAGAACAUCCUCCUCCGCGAUGCGGCGUUACAGGAGGAGCGUUUGGAGGGUUUCCUCAGCUCCUCAGAGGAGGAGCAGCGCGAGAGUCGCAUCCACGCAGACGCUGGACCUUCAUCGUCCAAGAGGAAGAUCUCUGAGACGUUGGAGGACGAGGAUCUGACGGCCCCAAAGAGAGGCUGUCCCUCCCCCUUCUCCCCCACUGUGGACCUCACCGGGUGGGAGAGCAGACGGCAGCAGCAGGAGGACGACGACCGGAGGCUGGCUAAGGUGCUGCAGAAGGAGCUGGACCAGGAGGAGAGGCAGAGAGCCAGUGACCGACGCAAAGGGUCCGCAGACCCCUACCUGCUGCGGCAGAACAGGGGCAGCACCAAGACCUCCAGCACCAAGACCUCCAGCACCAAGACCUCCAGCAGAGUCAGCCCUGAGACCUCCAGCAGGGGCAGCACCAAGACCUCCAGCAGCCCUGAGACCUCCAGCAGGGGCAGCCCUGAGACCUCCAGCAGCGCCGAGACCCCCAGCUCAAAGACCUCAUCCUCCAGGCGCAGUAAGCAGGCCACCCUGAUGGAGAUGUUCAGCCUGAGCAGCUGAAGGGGGUCCUCAGAGACCUCCUCCCCUGGAGCUUAAACUUGAAGUUUUGGACUUUUUGAAAAUCUGUUUUAAAUCAAGUUUUUUGCAGACGUGUCACUGCGGGACUCUCAUCAGGAGAGUAGACCUGGUCCCUCUGAAACCUGCAGAUCUGCUGACUUUCUCUGCUUAUAUUCAGGUGAAAAUCUAUGGACAUGAAACACCUGGACUCUGAGGACCUGUGUGGACUUUUAAGAUGUUCUCUGACAUAUACAAACACUAAUGUAGAGCAUGCAGACUGAUAAUAAAUAAUUCUCCUGUGUGGUUCAGAUCUA